CUUUCUAGGUCCCGCCCACAGUCCUAGCCCCUAGCAUCCCUUCUCCCCAAGGCUCCACCCCAACCACCCGAGCCUGGUCCUCGCAGGCUCCACCCCCGCACCUCAAGCCUUGCUCCCUGUCACUGUCGCGCCCGGGUGUUUACCUAGCCCUUAGGUGAGUCGUGCGCGGUGGCGGUUUCGGUCUGAGCUGCCCGCCUCUUCUUCUCGGUGCGUUCCUCAAGCCCCGACGGCACGGGGGGGCCCCAGACCAAAGGCGGCGGGGUCCCCAGCCCGGAUCCCGCCUCGCUGCUGCUGCCCGCGACCCCCGCCCAUACCCCAGACGGCAACGCAGUCGUCCCAGGACGCGACGACAUGCCCGAGCUGGUGGUGACGGCGCUGCUAGCGCCGUCGCGCCUCACUCUGAAGCUGCUUCGUGCCUUCAUGUGGAGCCUCGUGUUCUCGGCGGCGCUGGUGGCCGCAGCUGUCUAUGGCUGCAUCGCCCUCACGCACGUGCUGUGCCGGCCCCGACGCGGCUGCUGCGGGCGCCCCCGGCGUACCCCACCCGCCUGCUUGAGCGACCCCACACUGGGCGAGCACUGCUUCCUGACUCUCAGGAGUUCAGGCCUGCGUCUGCACUAUGUCUCCGCUGGACGGGGCAACGGGCCCCUCAUGCUGUUUCUGCACGGCUUCCCGGAGAACUGGUUCUCCUGGCGCUACCAGCUCCGGGAGUUCCAGAGCCGCUUCCAUGUGGUGGCUGUGGACCUGCGGGGAUACGGCUCCUCUGAUGCACCAAGGGAUGUGGACUGUUACACCAUCGACCUGCUGAUGGCAGACAUCCAGGAUGUCAUUCUGGGCCUGGGUUACUCCAAGUGCAUCCUUGUGGCCCAUGACUGGGGUGCACUCCUAGCCUGGAAUUUCUCCAUCUACUACCCAUCCCUGGUGGAGCGGAUGGCAGUGGUCAGCGCUGCCCCCAUGUCGGUGUACCAAGACUACUCUUUGCACCACAUGGGCCAGUUCUUCCGUUCCAACUACAUGUUCCUGUUCCAGCUUCCCUGGCUGCCCGAGAAGUUGCUGUCCAUGUCUGACUUCCAGAUCCUGAAGACCACCCUCACCCACCACAAGAGGGGCAUCCCACACUUGACCCCCAACGAGCUCGAGGCCUUCCUUUAUGGCUUCUCACAGCCCGGUGGCCUCACUGGGCCCCUCAACUACUACCGAAACCUCUUCAGGACCUUCCCCCUGGAGCCCCAGGAGCUGGCCACACCCACCCUGCUGCUGUGGGGGGAGAAGGACCCCUAUUUUGAGCAGGGGCUGGUGGGGGCCAUCAGCAGCCGUUUUGUGCCAGGCCGGCUGGAAGCCCACAUCCUGCCAGGCGUGGGGCACUGGAUCCCCCAGAGCAACCCUAAGGAAAUGCACCAGUACAUGUGGGCCUUCUUGCAAGACCUGCUGGACUAGUGGCGCUCGCUCACUGGCUUGCAUGCACCCGGGCAUUCUCACAAUGUAUUUACAUGGGUGAACUUCUGCAGCACACAGAUGUGGAACUCCUAGAUUGCACAGAAGUGCGUCUGUGGAUGCCCUCAGGCACACCAUCCCCAUAUGCUCACACACAGUCAUGAGUGUAUGCAUGUGUGAGCAAGCACUUUGACCCCAGGAACCAGGUACACCUCUCUGUGGAGCUGGAUGCUGAGUGUCCUAUCUCUCCCCUCCAUGAGGCCCCACUCUUCUCGCCAAAGGCAGUGCCCAGAGUUGCACAGACCAUGAACUCUGACCUGGCUUCCACCUCCAGUCUGAGUCUUCAGCUAAAUACUGCUCUGUCCGAUAUAGUACUGGUAGCCACGCCUGGUUAUGUCAAUUUAAAUGCCAAUUAAUUAAAAUUAA